GCACGAGCCACACCCAGCUUUUGCUGCAGAUUUUUUUCCCCCUCUGAUGAUGAUUCACCAGCUGUUCUGGCUCCCAAUACUGCUGGUGCUGUUUACUUCAGGUUUCCUACGUCUCUGCUAAGCAGAGGUUUGCAUUUUUAUGUUACCUACAGGAAAGCAGACGGCAGCAAAACCCCAGCAGCAGCGGGAGGAGGCAAACAUGUCUGGGAUUGCAGCUAAAUUAGCUAAGGAGAGGGAAACAGCCAGGGGCUUAGGCUCCAACGCAAAGGCGUUUAAGUACCUCAGUCAGGACUUUGAGACGCUGAGGAACGAGUGCCUUCAGGCAGGGAAACUCUUCCAGGAUCCAUCCUUCCCUGCGAUUGCCUCUUCUCUGGGGUACAAGGAACUGGGACCAAACUCAUACAAAACUCAGGGCAUCACGUGGAAGAGACCAACGGAGCUGUGUUCUAAUCCCCAGUUUAUUGUUGGAGGUGCCACCCGCACAGAUAUCUGCCAAGGAGCCUUGGGUGACUGCUGGCUGCUGGCAGCCAUUGCGUCUCUUACCCUGAAUGAAGAGAUUCUGGCCAGAGUUGUUCCCAAAGAUCAGAGCUUCCAGGACAAAUAUGCAGGAAUCUUCCACUUCCAGUUCUGGCAGUAUGGAGAGUGGGUGGAUGUUGUUGUUGACGACAAGCUCCCCACCAAAAACGGAGAGUUGCUCUUCGUUCACUCAGCAGAGGGGAGCGAGUUUUGGAGUGCUCUGCUGGAGAAGGCCUAUGCCAAGGUGAAUGGGUCAUACGAGGCUCUCUCUGGAGGAUCCACCACUGAAGGCUUUGAGGAUUUCACCGGCGGAAUUGCAGAGUGGUAUGAGCUGCAAAAGGCACCACCUGACCUGUUCAAAAUCAUCCAGAAAGCUCUUCUAAAAGGUUCCCUCCUCGGAUGCUCUAUUGACAUCACAAGCGCAGCUGAGACCGAGGCAGUCACUUCUCAGAAGCUGGUCAAAGGCCAUGCAUACUCCGUUACAGGAGCCGAAGAGGUGAAUUGCCGAGGAAGCAUGCAAAAGCUGAUCAGAAUCCGAAAUCCCUGGGGGGAAGUGGAGUGGACUGGAAAAUGGAAUGAUAACUGCUCAAACUGGAACAGCGUCGCUCCUGAAGUGAGAGAGCGACUGACCAGGAGACAUGAAGAUGGAGAAUUUUGGAUGUCAUUCAGUGAUUUCCUGAGACAUUACUCCCGCCUUGAGAUCUGCAACCUGACUCCAGACACGCUGACUAAUGAAAAAUACAAGAAGUGGAGCCUGACCAAGCUAGAUGGGAACUGGAGGCGUGGCUCCACUGCUGGGGGUUGCAGGAAUUACCCAAAUACCUUCUGGAUGAAUCCGCAGUAUUUGAUUAAGCUGGAGGAAGAAGAUGAGGAUCCCAAUGAUCCUGAGAAGGGCUGCACCUUCUUGGUUGGCCUGAUUCAGAAGCACCGCAGGAGACAGCGGAAGAUGGGGGAGGAUAUGCACACCAUUGGCUUUGGGAUCUACGAGCUGCCCUCGCAGUUUUCUGGCCAGACAAACGUUCAUCUGAGCAAAAACUUCUUCCUGACGAACAGAGCCAGAGAAAAAUCAAACAACUUCAUCAACCUCCGAGAGGUACUAAACCGAUUCAAACUGCCUCCAGGAGAAUAUGUCAUUGUGCCAUCCACUUUUGAACCCAACAAGGAUGGGGAUUUUUGCCUCCGAGUCUUCUCUGAAAAGAAUGCAGAUUCACAGAUUGUAGAUGAUGAAAUUGAGGCCAAUAUUGAAGAGAAUGACAUCAGUGAAGAUAACAUUGAACCCAGUUUCAAAAAACUUUUUGCGCAGUUGGCUGGAGCGGAUGCAGAGAUCUCUGCUUUUGAAUUAUGUAAUAUCCUGAGAAAAAUCAUGGCUAAACGACAAGAUAUUAAAUCAGAUGGUUUCAGUAUUGAGACGUGUAAAAUAAUGGUUGAUCUGUUAGAUUUGGAUGGAAGCGGUAAACUGGGACUGAAGGAGUUCUACGUACUCUGGACAAAGAUACAGAAAUAUCAAAAAAUCUAUAGGGAAAUAGAUGUCGAUCGCUCUGGUACCAUGAACUCCUACGAGAUGCGGAGAGCAUUAGAAGAAGCAGGGUUCAAGCUGACUUGCCAGCUGCACCAAGUCAUUGUGGCUCGUUUUGCAGAUGAGCAACUUAUCAUUGACUUUGAUAAUUUUGUCAGGUGCUUGAUUCGGCUGGAAACUUUGUUCAAAAUAUUUAAGAAACUGGAUGUUGAGAAAAGUGGAACAGUGGAGAUGAACCUUAACACUUGGUUGUGUUUUACUAGUAUUUGAUGCAAUACCGGACCUCAGCUGAAGACAUCUCAUGGAAUCAAGAUAAUGCAAAAAUGUUCAUACAACUUGCAAUAACACCCCGACCCCACUGUAUCCCAACAUCAACCUGUUCCUUAUGUUUAUAAAUGGAGAUGUUUAAACUAAUGUAGGAAGGGAUGGGCAGAAUAUUUUGAAGUACCUGAAAGACCAAAACUCCAACAAUACAAAAGCUUGCAGUCUCAUUAUCGAUAUAGACUGCAUAUAUAACUACCUUUAUAAGUUCAGUGUGAAAGCUCUAAUUUUGUAUAAAAAUCUUCAGUUCCAUUUUUGACAACUUUGCUUAAUUGAUCUGUUUUACAUUUAAUCAGGAAGAUAUUUAAAGUGCAGUUAAAUAUGACUCUUCUGAGGAAGAGCAAUUUUCACUGCAAAUUAGAAGGAAGUUUAUUUUAAAGUGAAGUUUGUAGUUUGUUGGCAUUUUUAAGCUGCUUGGGAGCUGUGGCCAUUUUCUU